ACUGUUGCUCUAGUCACCAACGCACGGAAAUGGACGUGCUGCAGAACUUGUCUACGGGCCGCAUGGUGGUCGAGCGCUCGCUCGUCGAAAUAGUCCAAGUGAUCUGCUUUGUUUUCGUCGUGCUCUACGCCUGCGUGCGGAUUAGAGCUUUAUCUACUAUCAGCAAAAUCAUUAGAAAUGGUGGCGCCACUUUAGUGAAUUCAUACUACAUCAAAUCUUCGGGCGGACGGUACGACAUAAUUGACGACCAAUGCGGAGUGAAGGACCUUCUGCGCGUCACCCAGCACGCGGGAAGAAAGCCGUACAGCUCUAUUUUGGACUGGGGUGUUUAUUUUCCAUUUCUGGCGCAGUGCGUUCGCCUCAAGAAGUUCGAGUAUUUGCAGGUUUCAGAUGCUGUGCUGCAAAGCGUUCGAUUGAAGUCUGCCAUAAAGCAAUCUGCGGAAAAUACUCUGAGGGAGAGAGCUGAACUGGAGGAUGGAACUGGCGAUGGCCUGCAUUCAACUGGGCAGAAUGAGGACUUCCAAAAGGUGUAUGAGAAGGAGGAGAAGCGCGCCGUGCAAAUUCUCAUGGGGAUGAGAUCGAAAUUGUCCGACUUCCUCCUACGCGUUACUUCAUGGCUACUGUACAAAUUACUACCUCGUUUCCUGUCAGGUGUGGUAACAAACACCAAACAAAUAGAUAUGCUGAAAGCCACUGCCGAGAAGUCAGACGGGGUUCCGUUAAUAUUUCUACCGCUGCAUCGCAGUCACCUGGAUUACAUAAUUGUUAGUUUCAUUCUGUUGAAUAACGACAUUCGCAGUCCGAUAGUGGUGGCAGGGGAUAAUCUUCAAAUACCAAUAUUUGGUUUCUUGCUGCGAGGAUUGGGAGCGUUUUUCAUAAAGCGGAAGAUCGACCCGGUGGUGGGUAAGAAAGAUAUUUUGUAUCGUGCUGUCCUGCAAACGUAUACUCAGCACAUUCUCGAAGCGGGGCAUAAUUUGGAGUUUUUCGUGGAGGGCGGACGUACGAGGACUGGAAAGCCAUGCAUGCCAAAGAGUGGCAUCUUAUCUGUAAUUGUAAACGCCUUCAUGGAUGGUACAAUCAAAGAUGCAUUGUUAGUCCCCGUCUCAGUGAACUACGAGCGUCUAGUUGACGGGCAUUUUGUUACGGAACAAAUGGGUCAGCGGAAAAAGGCAGAGACGCUCUCCUCAGCAAUAUCAGGAAUCUGGAAGGCAUUGAAUUCAAAAUAUGGCCUGAUGAGGAUCGAUUUCAACCAGCCGUUCUCAAUAAAAGAACUUGUGCAAACCUACAACGAGAUCGCGGCAGUAGAAGGGACGAAGAUCUACACCCCCGCUUCCAGAGCCAUGCACCACAUCCAAUCGUCUUCAUCAUUGUACGGAACGGACGUGGUAAACGAGGAUCAACGGACACUAGUAGAGAGUAUAGCACGACAAGUGGUCUACGACUGUGUAUCCGCUACUUCCGUUAUGACUACCAACGCGAUUGCGUUUCUUCUGCUUACACGAUUCCGCAAUGGGGCCACAGAGGAAAGGCUAGCUAAAGAGUUAGAUGCUCUCAGGAAGAGGCUGUGUGGCCGAAAAGAUUUAGCAUUUUCGGGCGAAUCCAUACAAAUUGUUCGUUAUGCCUCAAAUUUGUUGGGGAAAGAUUUGGUGAGCAGAACAAAGGAAGGUGAUGCGAUAGUUAUUAAACCAAAUGUACAAUUACCACACGUUAUUGAAUUAACGUACUAUGGAAAUGGUUUAGCUCCAUAUUUUGUUCUUCAAUCAAUAGUAGUGACCGCAUUACACAUCUUUUCCCAGAAAGAGGAUAAAAGAAUAACAAGAAAAAGACUGAAGGAACAUUGUAUCAAUCAUUGUGAUAUUCUUCGUUAUGAAUUUAUUUUAAGUAAGCCAACCCAAAAUUUGGAUCAGCUUCUUGAUGAAGCCAUAGACGUCCUGCGCGAAGAAGACAUCGUCAUCUUACCAGAGAAUAAAAGCUACAACGAAAUGGAAAUGCAUAGUCGAAGAAUAGCCAGCUACGUUGAAAACACAAUGUGGGAUGACGACGAUGACGCUAACGUUUACAAUGAAAUGACCGAAGAAGUAAUACGUUUAGCGUCCGAUAAAAAGGAAGAAAUCGAUGCAUACAUAGCAAUCCUAGCUCCAUAUGGUUUUACAUAUCUGGUGGUAGUUAAUUUACUUGUUGAAUUAAUUGGAAAUUCUACGUUAGAAUCGGAUUUCAUCAAAACAUGCAUUAAGGAACUGACAAGGCAGAUAGAGUGUGGCGAAUGUCCCUAUAGUGAAAGCGUUUCUAUGGACUCAAUCAAGAAUUGCCUGAAACUUUUAGAGAAAUGGGAAGUUUUAGAAGUUUCAAGCACCCAUGGUUUGCGGUUGUUAGCGUUAGAACCAGCAUAUGAAUCGUUAUCCGGUAUUGAAGGGCUAAUCGAGAAAUUUGAAUCAUACGUUUGUAGAGCCGAAAGCGAAUGUUAAUAUAGAGUUAGUCGAGCACAAUAAGGAAAUAACAUUUUAGCGGACUGACCAUAAUUUUCAUACAUCAAUUGUUUAUUAAGAAAUAAAAUGAAAUGCAAAUUUUAAUUUUAAAUAUA